UCUUGUGCCUGGGGAGUGGGGAUGGCGGUCGCCUCUGGUAGCCCUGCGGCGCCUCCCCCCGCGGCUGGGCCGGGAGCAGGACCGGGCCCGGCGGAGGGGGCGGACGCGCUGUUCGUGGCAUUGAGCGCUGGGUUCACGUCUCUUAGCCACCCGCUGCUCUAUGUGAAGCUCCUGGUGCAGGUCGGGUAUGAGCCUCUACCUCCAACUGUUGGGAGAAACUUGUUGGGGAGAAAAGUACUAUACCUACCUGGCUUUUUUACUUAUGCCAGACACAUUGUGAAGGUGGAUGGGAAAAGGGGCCUGUUCCGUGGCCUUACUCCUCGAAUCAUCUCUAGCACUUUAUCAACUGUAACUCGAGGGCGAGUGAAGAAGGCCUUUCCUUUGGAGGAUAUGGAGCAUGUUUCAAACAAGGAUGAUAUGAAGACAUCCCUCAAGAAAGUGGUGAAAGAGACCUCCCAUGAGAUGAUGAUACAGUGUGUGUCCCGAGUUAUUUCUCAUCCGCUGCAUGUAAUCUCUAUGCGUUGUAUGGUCCAGUUUGUAGGACGAGAAGUGAAAUAUAGGGGUAUACUGAGCUCCAUUAGGACAAUUUUGAAAGAAGAAGGGUUUUGGGGAUUCUUCAUAGGUUUAAUUCCUCACAUUCUAGGUGAUGUUGUUUUCCUGUGGUGUUGCAACCUUCUGGCUCAUUUCAUUAACACCUAUGCAGUGGAUGACAACUUCAACCAAGCCUCUGUGAUCCGGAGUUACACCAAGUUUGUAAUGGGGAUUGCUGUGAGCAUGCUGACGUACCCUUUCCUUCUUGUGGGAGAUCUUAUGGCAGUGAACAACUGUGGGUUAUGUGCCGGUCUCCCUCCAUAUGCUCCUGUUUUUUCCUCUUGGAUUCACUGUUGGAGACACCUCUGUGCUCAGGGGCAGCUGUUCAGAGGCUCCAGCUUGCUUUUUCGUAGAGCAUCCACAUCAGCAACUUUUCUUUAUGAUUAAUCUUGGGGGAGGAGGGGGCGGCGGCAAACAGACUGUAGUAGAAAGGACACUAAGCUUGUUUGACAUUUUCUGAUUUUUUGAGGCAAAAAACAAAACCGUCUUCUCCCCAGCAGAUUGGACUGGCUUUCUAACUGCACUGGGAUUAUUGUAAGAUUUUUGCUAGUCAGAGGAAAGGGGCAGCUUUUAGUGCUGAAUCUUAACCUUUCUCCUGGGUGGUGGAGGUGCAUGUUGAGGAGGCAGCAGGCAAGGCUGGGUUCCUGUGCUGCUGGCAGCCAGGCAUCAGGUGGGAAGAGAGCUUGUCUCAGGGAGACAACAGGUGGAGUUGUCCCCAUGGUUCUUGCUUAGUAUCAUAGAUCAUGAAUGUUGCUCCUGUAGGAGAAAGUUAGAUUUAUUUGUGAGCUGUAUUGAUGCAGCAUUUCUAAUCAAUAAGGGAGUAUCUGGAAUUUGGUGGCUCAGUUUUGUAAUGCACAUAGGCAUGCUUUUCAUCUGUUCACUAAAGAUCCAGCAACAGAUGAUCAGAGAUGGAUUCUGAAGUCCAGUAGCUUCUUGUACAGUUGCAAUACUGUGGGGAGUGUCUUAACAGGGUUGUGUUAGAAUCAGUCAGGUUACAGUGCUGCUGUGUAUAGACGUGUAAAGAUGUUCUCCAUCCUACUUACCAUGGUGCUAGUUUGUUGUGUUUUGUGUGGAUGUGUUACUCAGUAAUUCCAAAUGCAUUUGUUUUUGCUUGAGCAAAGCUUGGAAAUGCUUUCUGGGUCCUGAGCAAGUACAUUUAUUUGGUAACGUUGCAUACAGUGAAGUGUGAGAUAUCAGCCUUGUCUUUUCUUCUGCAUUCUUGGAUAACCCAGGAAGAAACCUUACAUCUGGAAAUCUGCAGGAAUUCCUGAAAGGAAUGAGGUCACAUUGUCCAAAUUUGGUAUCGCUAGUCUUUUGCUUCUGGACAUUGCCAUUUGAGUGGAUAGAUUUUUUUUUUAAGCCUUGGAGAUCUCACCUGUUUAGCAUAUUCACACAUGCAUUUGACAGAAUGUAAAAGAACUCUUGUAGAAUCUGGAAUGAUAGCUGCCUCCUUAACCCUUUGACUCAUCAAUUUAAUGUGAUUUUAUGUUAAAGGUAAAUGCAUAGUCUGUUUUUGUAACAGAUUUAAUUAUGAGAUGACUUCACUCUGAAAUAAAGUUAUAAAAAUA